CGUCCUCUCUCCAUCGGCCAUCUCUGGCGCAUGAUCGAACCGCACGACCGAGGCAGCAAGUGACUCGCAGACAGCACCAUGCAGGCGAUGCGUCCGGCCGCGGAGGGGGAGGCACAGGAGCAGGCGGUGAGGGCGGAGGCGGACGAGGUGAAGAGGGAGGUGGCGAAGGCGCACGAGGAGGAGGAGGCGGUGCCUGAGGAGAAAGACGUGGCGGUUGUAGGGGAAGAGGCGGAGGCGGAGGCGGAGACGGAGACUGAAGGCGAGGCGGAGGCAGAGGUCGAGGUCGAGGCCGAGGUCGAGGUGGAGGCGGAGGCCGGUGCAUCGUCUGCGAAGAAGAACCGUAUCCAGGUGUCCACCAACAAGAAGCCGCUCUAUUUCUACGUCAAUCUCGCCAAGAGGUACAUGCAGAACUACGACGAGGUUGAGCUCUCCGCUCUGGGGAUGGCCAUUGGUACCGUGGUGACCGUCGCUGAGAUCCUCAAGAACAAUGGCCUCGCCACUGAAAAGAAGAUCCUCACAUCAACCAUCGGCACCAAGGAUGAGGCGAAGGGCCGGCUUGUCCGUAAAGCCAAGAUCGAGAUCCUGCUGUGCAAAUCAGAGAACUUCAACAGCAUCAUGUCGAGCAAGAAGUCCGAGCGCCCGAAGCCGCCCGCCGAGGAAGAGAUCAAGGUGUGAUCUAUCCGACCAACGAACUUCUCCAUCGGCCAGCGCAGCAUGCAUGCAGAGGGCCUUCUUCCCUAGCUAGCUAGCUAGCUAAGCUCCCCUGUUCCAUUUCCAGAGGCUGGCAGCUCACCACACAGCUCAGCUCGGAUUAUUGAUAAUGGGGCAUCGCGGCAGUCUGAUUAAGUACUAGUAAAUCAUUCAUGUCAUGCAUGGCACAUUAAUUACCUUAUUAUUAGUCCUUGCUGAGAUGGAUCAGAUCUUGUGAGUUAAGUAAAGCAUGCAAGAUAUGUCGACAGACACUACAUGAGAUGACACGGUUCUACAACUCUACCGGAGUCUCUAGUUUGUUCUGCUUCUGCAUGCCUUUGGCGUAAUGUAAACGAACGCUAAGGUUUCUGUAAUUUUGCUGCUGUCGCGCUGGCAGUUUGGUUCCA